AAACCCUCGCCGCCGUCGCCUCAAUCUCCCAAAUCCAAAUCCAACUCCGACUAGAGCAAAGAGCAGUCAGCCGAUCGAUCUCGGAGCCCCACCGCCACUCGAUCCGAUCACGAUCACGAUUACAUAGAGCCCAAGAAGAUUAAACCGCCGCCGCGAUGAAGGUGCAGACGGAGGCCGCCGCCGGCGCUGGGGGAGAGGGCAAGCUGGUGAUCCGGCAGGUGUGGGCACACAACGUGGAGUCGGAGUUCCAUGCGAUCCGGCAGGCGGCCGAGCGGUUCCCGUACGUGUCCAUGGACACUGAGUUCCCGGGCGUGAUCCACUGCCCCAGCAAGCACCACGCGUCCCUGACCCCGUCGGAGCGCUACGAGGCGCUCAAGGCCAACGUGGACGCGCUCCACCUCAUCCAGGUCGGCCUGGCCUUCGCGGCGUCCCCCGACGCGCCGCCGUCGGUGGCGUUCGAGAUCAACCUCCGCGAGUUCGACCCGCGCGUGCACCGCCACAACCCCAGGUCGGUGGCCCUGCUCGCGGACCACGGCCUCGACUUCGCUCUGCAGCGGAGGCACGGCGUGGACGCGCGCGUGUUCUCCGCGCUGCUCAUGUCGUCGGGGCUGGUGUGCUCGGGCGCCGCGGCGUGGGUCACGUUCCACUCGGCCUACGACUUCGGCUACCUGGUGAAGCUGCUCAUGGGCCGCAAGCUGCCGCGCACGCUGCCCGAGUUCAUCGGCCUGGUGCGCGUCUUCUUCGGCCAGCAGGUGUACGACGCGCGCCACGUCAUGGACAGCUGCGCCGGGCUCUACGGCGGGCUGGACGCCCUGGCGGCGCAGCUGGGCGUGGAGCGCGCGGCGGGGAUGUCCCACCAGGCCGGCUCGGACGCCGCGCUCACCUGGGACGUGUUCCGACGCAUCCGGGAGGUCUACUUCGCCAACAGGCAGGGCCUGGGCGCCUUCGCCGGCGUGCUCUACGGGCUGGAGCUCGACCUCGCCCUCGCGCCCGCCGACAACGGCGGCGGCAAGAAGUGCGGCGCCGCCAACGCCAACGGCAACGCCGUUACCGCCAACGGCACCGGCACCGGCACCGGCAAAGGCCGAGGUGGCAGCAACAACAACAGGCGGGCCGUGGCGGCGAUGAGAUGAUUAGUUAACCUUGGGGUUAAUUGCUGAUGAUCCUCCUACCCGAUACCUUGAUUAGCUUAGCUCGUGCGAUGCCCGUCUGUUGUGUUGUCGAUGGAUGGAUGUGUACAUACAGCUAGCGGCGUUCCUUCGUUUAAUCCGUGAUUUGGAUGAUGAUAAUUUAUAAUAAUAACAACAUGUGUUCUUUCGUUGGUUAA